CCCCGGACCCUGCAUUCACUAUAUCUGGUCUCCCAGGACCCUGCAUUCACUAUAUCUGGUCUCCCAGGACCCCGCAUUCACUAUAUCUGGUCUCCCAGGACCCUGCAUUCACUGUAUCUGGUCUCCCCGGACCCUGCAUUCACUAUAUCUGGUCUCCCCGGACCCUGCAUUCACUAUAUCUGGUCUCCCAGGACCCUGCAUUCACUGUAUCUGGUCUCCCACAAAACAUUUAAAGUGUUACUAAACCCAGGACCCUGCAUUCACUAUAUCUGGUCUCUCACAGUACACAGA